GCCCCGUCUGCUGGAGUACCUUAGAGGAAACCCCACUUUUGAAGAUUUCUUCUUCUCAGUUAGCUCUCUUUUACCGGGCACUUACUGAUCUUACUGGAAUGGGUCAGAUGCAUUGAUGUCAAGUUUUAAAUGUUUCUGAAUGUGAAGAAGUAGAAGAGGGUCCUGAAUCUCCUGGCACACAUAAUGCAGCUAGAAGCGCCUCAAAGGAAAUCACAAGAUGCCAGACACCCCAAGUUGAUCCCUUGGGUUUUUGCUGCUGUUUUCAUCUCACUUCUCAGUGCUUGCUUCAUCGCAAGUUGUUUGGUUACACAUCGUUACUUUUCACGUUGGGAGAGAAGAGCAGGAAUGGUGAAGUUCUCAGACUACCACACAAGGCUAACAUGUACCCGAGGGGAGCCAGAGCCCGGAGCUACAGAAGGUACCUGGAACUGUUGCCCUGCUGGCUGGAUAGCCUUCCAGUCUAACUGUUACUUUGCUCUUAAUGACAACCAGACAUGGCAUGAGAGCGAGAGGAACUGCUCAGGGAUGGGCAGCCAUCUGGCGACCAUCAAUGCCGAAGCAGAGCAGAACUUUGUGACUCAGCUUUUGGACAGACAAUUUUCCUAUUUCCUGGGACUUAACAAUCAGCACAUGGAUGGUCUGUGGCAGUGGGUAGAUCAGACACCAUUUAACCCACGCAUGGUAUUCUGGCAUACGGGUGAACCCAAUGACUUUAAGAAAGAAGACUGUGUUGUUCUUGUUAAUGCCAAAGAUAAAUGGGCCUGGAAUGACUUUCCUUGUCACUUUGGGGCAAGGAGCAUUUGUAAGUUACCUGGAGAAGCAUUCAGCUGGAAGCCCACGAAGAUGUCCUUAUGAUGGAGAUGACAAAGAUGAAACUAUCAGACCAGGGAAAGUGUCUGUGCAUCAUAGAAAUAGAGAGCACGCUGCAUCAUAGGGCAUUGUCAGCCAUGAGGAUGUUUUUAAUUAUUUUCGCUUAAAUUCAACAUAGUGUGGUUUGUGUUCUCUCUCUCUGUGUCCCUCUCUGUCUCUCUCUCUGGAUGUGUGUGUGUGUGUGUGUGUGUGUGUGUGUGUGUGUGUGUGUAUGCACACGUGCAUGCCCAUAUGCUUAAGUUAGGUUUUGUAUGGUGUUUUGGUGGAAUGAUCAUCGUUCUAUGGGGAAUCCAGUUUUUAUCUUUGCUUCCUUGACAGCAUUUUAAGACAUUUACUUUUUAGUCACUAAGUAUUAGUUAUGUAUUAAUUGAAUAGUCUUUUUGCCAUUUUCUAUUAUUCAGAUUAUUGCCUCUUAAAAUUCAUACAUGCAGUAGACAAACUGGUAUUGAAAAAUCAUUUUCUUUCUUGGUUUUUAAAUUCUUUCAUAUAUUAUGUCCUAAUUGCAGCUUCCCCUCUCUCCACUCCUUCUGGUACCCCACUGCCCCUCUGUCUUCAGAAAAGAGCAGGCCUCCUAAGGAUAUCAACUGAACAUGGCGUAACAAGAUGCAUAACUAGGCACAAACCAGACAAGGCAACCCAGCAGGAGGAACAGGGUCCCAUUUAAACCCGAAUCUCAGCUUAAACUUUUAGCAUUUUUACUGUUUGAUAUUUUACUUCCACAUUUAAAUAGUUCCUAACAAUCUCCCAGGAAAACUGGGUAAAACAGGUCUCAGUGAUUUAUCACACAGGUAGAAAGGAAGAGCAUAAACCUUCUAACAGUUUUUCUUCUUUCUUCAUUCUAGUCAUCAGGUCGAAGCACAUAGUGUCAUGCUGACCCAACUUCAUUUUAAUGGGCUCUUUCAACCACUCCCCCCCCACCCCCCCCUUAAAGCUGAGGAAACAGAGUUCUCGGAAAGCGGAAGACCUCCGAUUCUUGUUUGUUCAUGGCAAUCUGGACUAUGACUCACAUUGACUUUUUUCAGGAGACAACCACGUCUCCUUUGUACUUCCAGGAACGUUAAUGCAGAUAUGCUGACCUUUUCACUUGGCUAAGGACUCAAUGUUUUUAUUUAUUAGGAGUUCAUUCCAUUGGUGUUUCCAUUUUGAAUCAUAAAUAUAUCACCUUUUAAUUCAUUUAUAUAAAUUGUCCAAUAUUGAAGAGCUGUACUAUUGGCAAGAAAAUCACUUAGUUGACAACCUACAAUUACUAUAUUUGUACUGCUAGUGGUUCAGUCACAACUGACCAUAAGAAAGCCUACUGGGGGCUGGGGAGAUGAAUCAGCAGUUAAGAUUGCUUGCUCCUCUUCCAGAGGACCGGAGUCUGGUUCCCAGUACCCACAUCAGGUGGCUCACAGUGGCCUGCCACACCAAAUCCAGUGUCUGUCUCUUUCAUCUGCAUACACAACACACACACACACACACACACACACACACACACAUACACACACACAGUUUUCUUUAAAGAAAAGUAAUUUUCUUGUCUGAAAUUUGAUUUGCUAAUGUUUCCUGCAUCUGAGCUGAGAAUUUUUCAACCGACAACUUUUUAACCUGCCUUCUCCUCCACCAUUUUUAAAGGCAGCAGCAUUGAUGCCUGAUGAUUUUCUAGAUUAAAUAUAGAAUACUGAUGUUUGGUUAGGUGUGGGAGUAGGGUGUAUGCAUUUGUGUGUGUGUCCAUGUUAAUGUUGAUAAUUUUGAAUGAAGUGGGACUAGGUAACUUUACACCCAUUGGGGACAUUAAUUAAAUCAUAUAAAUUAAGCACAGAAUGAGUUGAAAUCAUUUUAUGUAUUAAAGAGCUUUGUAUAGUUAAUUUUAUCAACUUUAAUGUACAAACCAUAAGCCUGUCUAUGUAGACAUCCAGUUGUCAAUAAAGUGUGGCUCCUCUGUGA